GAGAGCUGCAGCUGCUGGCCCUAGACAACUUAGUGGUGGUUUACCACACUGGCCUGGACUCUGUAUUUCUAUAUGAUGUUUGCCGGCCCUUAAUUGCUGCUGCUGACAGCAGCGGGGAGUGUGGGGGCCCCCCAGGGGGCCCCCCGGGGGGCCCCUCCGGGGGGGCCCCCGGGGGGCCCCUGCUGCGGGGCAAAGCCCGCGGGGGCGCCCCCAAAACCGACUGCAGCAAAGGGGUCAGAGCCCUGACCCCUUUGGUAAAAGGGACAAGUUUAGCUUUGCAAAAAAGUCCUUCUUUUUGGUCUAGAAGUUUGUUGGAAGCAGCAGCAGCAGCAGAUAAUGGGGGAGACAAAGAGGCAGAAAAAAGAAGCUCCAAGGAGACUCUCCAGGACGUCGAGCUGCACGCACCCAACCUAGAAGCUUCCCUCUUCGUUUCCCCCGACUGCGUCAUCGACUUCGAGGGCGGCGCCGUUUACCGCCUGGCGCUGAACACCAGCGCUUUGAUGCACCGGCUGCUGCGGGAGCGGCAGUCUUUGGUGAACAAAUAA